UUUCCUACUAUCUCUGUUGUUCAGACUUGCAAGUGAGCUAGAGAUGAUCUUACUACAGCAGCAAGACAGGGAGCAACACUCGCAGAGCAAAGAGACCGAAGAACAUGAUGCAGAUCAGGGUAAUAUUCCAAGUUCCCCUCCUUGUGGUGACAUUGACUUUCAUUGUCCAUGUAUCUUCUACAUUAACAGGGCAAGCUCUGCUUCCCUUUCCAGAGAAUAUAUCUAUGGAAUCCAUCAACCUGAAACACUUUUUAUCUUGGAAUCCUGUUCCAGUCUCUUGGGGAAAUGUUACAUACUCAGUUCAGUUUCAAGGGGAGUAUGAACGCAGAUAUAAAAAUCAAUCAUGGAAUGAAGCCGUGGACUGUCAGGCCAUUGUUUCUAACUGGUGCAAUUUGACAAAGGAUAUUGCCACAAAUGUGCCAUAUAAACUGCGAGUUAGGACGGAAAUAGAAAACCAAACAUCAGACUGGAAAUACCUGCAGCCAUAUUUCAUCAGAUCCUCAACUCACCUAACUCAACCUGUGAUUCAGCUUCGAGCCAGAGGACUUAACCUGUUUGUGGAUGUACAGGACUUGGGACCAUAUUUCAAAUAUUUUGUGUUUUACUGGAGGAAAGGACAGGAGGAUGUGGAAUACAGCUUGACUAGCAAUGUCAAUGAAAUUCACUUAGGCGCUAUGGAAAGUGGGAGUCAGUAUUGUGUGCAAGUAAUUGCUCAUGCAUAUCCCAUUGAAAAAAACAGCAGUACUUCCCUUCCAGACUGUAUAGCAGUGCAAUCUACAGGAUUAACUGAUAAAAUUAUUAGUUACAUCUUCACAUUUUGUGCCAUCAUUGCUGGGCUUGUACUGAUGCCGCUCCUGUCGUGGUACAUGAUUCGUCGGCUACAUUAUAUCUGCUGCCCUCAAGUGGAUGUUCCUAACACACUGAUGGACCCCUACUGUCCCAAAGAAAACAUUGUGAUUCAGUUUUCAAAGAUGGAAAGCUAUGACCUUAUCACCAGCAUUGAACUUACAGAAAAAAGGUCUUUCCUUGUACCUAAAAGAGAUUUUACAGCAGAUUCACACCCCAAGUGAUAUCGAAAGGAUUCCACCUUGUAGAAUUCAACAUCUCAAAUGUAUGAGAGCUGACACUGAGAAAGAACAUUCUCAGAUUUAACAUCUACAGUGAGAAAACAUCAACAAUUCAUUAAGAGGCAGCAUGCUGAGAUCUUUCAGGACCUCUUAAAUACAUCAUCAGUUUCAUAUAUAGCUUUCCUGAAUAAUGCCUAAUGAUUUUGCAUGGAAUCUUCAAAGCCAUCAUGAAAGUUCUAUACCACAAAGAAUGACAAAAAUUAUGUUUGAGAUAAAUCAAGUAGCAAAUAUUUAUUUAUCAGGACACAUGGAAUCAUAUCAGAAAAAAAAUGUUUGAAAGAUAAAAAAAAAAAAUUGAGACACCGUGGUUUGAUAAGCAUGGUCUCAACAAAUAGAGUAAGGCGAUGUAAAAGGUAGACUAAGACAACAUAAGAAUAGGUUGUUUUAAACUGUGCACAGUUAUAGAAAGUUUGCAGGAAGUUACCUGCAUUUAAACAUAUAUAUAUAUAUAUAUAUAUAUAUAUAUAUAUACAGUGUGUGUGUAUGUAUGUGUGUGUAUAUAUAUAUAUAUAUAUAUAUAUAUAUAUAUAGUGUAUAUAGUGCUACAGCAAUCACAUGGGAUACCUUUUUUCAGUCGAAACAACACGAUCGUCUAGGGUCAGGGCUGGACUGGGUAUAAAAAGCAGCCCUGGAAAUUUUUGAGAUUACUGGGAUACUCCUUCCAUCAAUAUUUUUUCCAGAAUUAUAUUAUAUUAUAUUAUUUUGGAUUAAGAAAAGUGCCAGAUUAUUGUUAUCUAGGCACCCUACAAUCCAAUUGCAUUAAUUAAUCACCCCUUUAAAUUGUAGCUUUCCAGUCCCAGCUACUACAGCCCACCAGGAAAUCUCCUAAAAUACUGGUAGGCCAAUUCGGCCUUGUCUAGGCUAUAAGCAUUUACAGACUUGAAAUUGCAGAAAAGAAUGGUUCUUAUUCCAUAAAUAAACAUGUGCCACACUUGGUUUUAAAUCACUUUCACAGGUGAUUUAAAAAAAAACCAAAAAAACAACAACUUUACUACAAAUAAAAGCCUAGCUCUUUUAGCAAUCCUAAUUAACCCAAAAAAGGGAUGCAGAUAUGUCUUCAGAAAGGGUAAACCAAUAGGGAACUACUGAGAUUAAAGAUAACAAAACUUCCAACAAUUCUUGACUACACUUCAAAUGAUUUUACAGGUGUGGCAAUUCACACACUGGACACUUUAUCCAUCAUGGUAUAUCUGUGAAUUGUAGAUCUACAUAUUCCAUCUAUCUGCUCACGUAUGUAGAAUGUAAUAUUCAAUAUGUAGGCCUCACAACAAGAGAGGUUUGGGUGAGGAUUUGAGAACACCUAACAUCACGUUUGGUAGUUUAUCUACACCCUUGAUAAAAAUUUUUACUCUUAAACAUAAUAAGGAGGCUAAUACUCUUAUAUAGACUAGUAAAAUAUCCCAAUAGAGGAGGUGAUAAAGACAGAAUUUUGGGUAAAAGAGAUUUUUUUGGGAUUCAUAAGAUCAAUACAAGAGUUCCUUUUGGCCUGAAUUCAGAAUAUGAUGUCAUUCAUUUCUGGCAUCAGGUUAUAUGUGGUUAAUAUUUGAAAUUGAGAGAUUGGUAAGAAGAAUCAGUUUAAAUAAUAAUUAAGUUAAUAAAAUCUAUCAUUGAAAUGUAGAUAAAAUUAAAAGGAGUGUUUAGUGUCUACUUACAAUUGUUCAUCGUGAACCUGAAUUAAGGCCAGGGAUUAAUAACAGUUAAAACAAUGUUGUUUUUCUUGGCUAUAUGUAACAAUGAUAUCUAUGAAGAAAAAUUGUACAGUAUAAAAAGAUUGCUGAUUAUUAUUUUUCCAUAAGUGCGGUUAUAUUAUUGAAUAGCAUUAAACUUAGAUGCAAAAAAUAGUGAAUAAAAAGAGAAAUAAAAGGGUACCAAUGCUGCCUGUUUCUUUAAAAACUUGUGAAUGAUUAUUUUAUACUUUGUAGACGAAUAUUGAUUGGAGCAGUCCAAUGUUUUUAACCAAUCAAAUUUGUUAUGAUCUUUCAAGGUAUGCGAUACAGUGAUCUAAUUUAGCUAAGAUUAUGGCUGCAGUCAAAACGCGUCAGCUGUUAUCAACGGAUUGCGACCUUUCAUGCUUGAAUUGUGCCAAUUUGUUGGAUUCCUACUUUUAAUCAGUUUAUAAUAAAGGGGAAGUUUUAUACCUAA